AAGCGUGGACGGUAACCAUGGAGAUCUCCAUUUCUGACGUGGGGGGCGUUGGGGAAGGGCUGCUCAAGCGGCUGGGACCCCCGCUGCCCCCUGUGGAUGUCGUGCGGGUGUAUGCCGUGCUGGAGGACUGCGUUGACCAGCUGGCUGUCCUUGGACACAUCAUGCCGGUCUCAAUGGACGGCAAGAGAAGCCUCUUCAGCGUCGACGGCAGGCACAUCAACGAGAUUCUUGGCAACCAGAAAGAUCUGGGCGCCAAAUACCAUCAGCUGAUGGAUUCCCGGGCUGAGAGCCAGGCGAAGAUCCCCACCGAGCUCGGCAAGAUCACUGAACUCAGCCGGCAGCUGCAGGAGACGAGCGGCGAGCUAAAGAAAACCAGCCAGCUGUUCAGCAUGUCUGCGAAGGAAAUGACUUUGCCUCUGGACCACCUCAAGAAGGUCCAGGCUGACAGGCAAUACACCAGCGACGUCAUCGAAGAGACGAUGGACGAGCUGCUGACCCUGGGGACGUUCCAGACCCUGCUGAGAGCCGUCAACGCCGAGAAGCAAAAGAAGAUCCAGCUGCAGGACCUCGUCCUCAGGGAGGAGAUAGGAAGAAAGAAAAUAAAGGCUCUCCAGAAACAGAUUAGCGAUGUUCGGAAGGAAAAGGAAUUUGAACUCCAGAACCGGGACGAGAUGAUCGCGUACCUCAAGGACCAGCUCCAAGAGAUGAAGGCGAAGACCGACAUGGAGAACCGGUACGUCAAGAAGGACGCGGAGCUGCAGAUGGCUCAGACGCAGCAGAAGUGUUCCGACGCUGAGAACGACCUACAGAACGAAGCGGAGAAACUGAGGAAUCAAACGGACGAAGAGAUCAGAGUUCACCAGGACAUUGAGAAUUUCCUCAAGCAUCAGCUAACGAUCAUAGAAGAGAAGCUGGAAUACUGGAUGGAGAAGUACGAGAAGGACACGGAGGCCAAGCAGCAAGAACUGAAUUCCCUCAAGGCUUCCCGAGCGGCCGACCAGCUGGCCCUGCAGGAACUGGCCAAGCAGUGCCUUUUGUGUGAACAAGUAAUCAUAGAAGAUCGGAAGGAAAAGGAGCGCGAACGCAAGAAGAUCGAGCAGGAUGCUCUGGAGAUGAAGAGCAUUCUGAAGCUGCAGGCCUGGUGGAGAGGGAUGAUGGUUCGCCGAUUCCUCGGCCCUUACAAGGCCCUCAAGAAGCUUGCGGAGGAAGAGCCGCAGCCCAAAGACAAGGGGAAGAAGGGCAAACCUGGGAAACCGGGAGCAAAGAAGAAAAAGUGA